AUGGCAAAGACCAAAAGAACGUUAGAACUUUUUUUCGCGCUGCUCUGCCUUUCAAUCGCAGUGCAGGCAGGUCUACUGCAGUCCAAGCAACGCCAGAGGUAUACUGAACUCAGCACCGUAGCAGCUGCGGUGGAGGGUACAGACCCUACACCACCAUCGAACAUUACAACUGACAGUCCAAACAAUAGCACCACUGACAGCCCAUUCAACACAACGCUGACUGCACCCCCAUCAACCGCUACAUCACUACCUGACAGCGGUUCGGGCGUUGUAGUGCGCGGUGACUGCGCAUUCGACAUAAAUGGCGAACUCAACGAUCCAGCGCCGAUCUUUACGCCACACAAUCACUUCGACUGGCUUGUGCCCAAUGCAGCCGGUGUGGUGGAGCUCUCCAAUGGCGCCUACAUCGAUAUGUACUGCAGCACAUCAUUUAUGGCGCCAUUUACCAAUCGCACAAAGGUCACAGCACAGUGCCUGCAGAAGAAGUACUUCCUGGUCGACGGACUCAUCUAUCCAUUCGCCAAUUUCAGCUGCACUGCUUGGCCAGCAUACACCGCGCGACGUACCGGCCGCCCCUGCAAUGGUGGCACCGAUCUGCUGGAAGUUGGCUUCGAACUCGAAGCUGGUUUUCUACCCACAAUGGACAUUUGUCACGACGAAGUGAAUGAGGUGACACGCUACGUCCACCACGUGCUAAAUCCCUCCAGCAAUGGCUAUCAGCAUGGCGUCUCACGGCCUUCUUUUAUCACUGGCGACUUCUACAAUGGCAAAAAUGUGAAUAAUCUGUACACAAAGGUAGAGCAGAACAAAACUAUCAGCCAGAUACUCGGCAUGGAUGCGUCACCCUACUUCAAUGAUACCAUCGAUGUGUACAUGGCGCGCGGACACAUGGCCGCCAAGGUGGACUUCAUUUUCGGUGCACCACAAAAGGCUACAUUCUAUUUUGUGAACGCGGCACCUCAGUGGCAGAUGUUCAAUGGCGGUAAUUGGGAGCGCAUCGAGGAUGGUGUGCGUCGUUUUGCGAGCGAUCAAGCGUUGACCUUGGACUGCUACACUGGCAUAUGGGGUGUGUCUACACUGCCGGAUGUUAAUGGUGUGCAGCAGGAGCUGUAUUUGGCAUUCGAUGAGAAUAAUAAUGGACUGAUACCAGUGCCAAUGUUGUACUUCCGCGUUGUAAUCGAUCGCGAAUCGCGUAAAGGCAUUGUGUUGUUGGGUGUGAAUAAUCCGCAUAUAUCAUUGGAGGAAAUCAAGAGAGACUAUGUAAUUUGCAAAGAUGUGGGGAGACGCAUCGAUUGGAUUGGCUGGAAUAAGGAUAACUUGAUGAAGGGUUACUCAUACGCUUGCGCAGUUGAUGACUUUUUGAAGGUAGUGACGCAUUUGCCUUUGGAGGAUUUACACACGACUGGGUUGUUGGGUGUUGAGGAAUUGAAAAUCGAGAAUGCACCGAUUUGGGAAGAGCACUGA